AUUGUGUGCAACCUAUACUGCCAUGGGUUCGUCUUGUUCUAAAAAUGGCGUUGGGCCAUCCGACUUCGACCAAUCUUCGUCCAAAACAAGCUUGGAAAGUGAAAAAUGUAGUCCUGGUACAAUCGCGUAUAAUGUGGAACGCUUGAUUACGUCACAAGUUGAAAACGGGUUUGUUAACAAUGACGUCCCUUCAUCUGAACAACGAUCUAAAAGAUUGUCCGAUAUCGCGGAAAUGUUAUUUUUGCAACAACAAACACUUGGAACGCAGCCAGCCGUGGAAAUGGGAAAUGAAAAACCGAUCGAGCUUGAGUCGGAACAAACGCGACGAAGGCUUCAGAAACAUCGGGCUUCGGUGGCGUAUGCAAACGGUCGGGGAGGAAAACGGGGGUCUGUUGUACCAGAGUUUGAGAUGACGAAGACACACGAUCAUGAGUUGCCGCCUGCCUCUGUUGUUGCCUCAUCCACAAUAUGCGACGACACACAAGUUACCUCGGCUGUUCUAAUAACGGCAGAGUCAGAUCUUCUCGACCAAACGAAAAGCAAGCAUAGCAUUCUUGAUAAACAAGAAAGAAUAAAAGUUUCGGAAAUGUCAUAUGCGGCCACACCGCUACCCGACACUCACUAUCAGCGAGUUUCAGUAACUGGUGAAUUAGAUGACUUACUCUUGGACGAAAUUCGAGACAUUGGUUUGAGUCUUAUACACGCUUUAAAAACUCGUCAACAUUACAUGAGAGCUUGCCGUCAAAACUUUCCAUCAUCUGUGUCCAAAGCUUUGUCGGAAGCCACAGGGAAACCAUGCAAACAUCCUAUUUAUCCAGAUUCAGUGGACCCAAUGGGCAAAGCUCAUUUCCCCAAUGAUGAAAAACACUGGAAAGUUGAAACGAAAAAGGGAAUCGUGCAAAUUAUAGAUGGCGAAAACGAAGUGUUUCUACCCCAUGUUAAUAGAGAUAGAUUUGUGGAUAACCGGAACCUUCUCUAUGCGUUUGUAGCUGAUGGACCACUAAAGACAUUUUGUUACCGGCGUCUUUCGUAUUUGAAAAACAAAUUUGGGAUGCAUCGAUUGCUGAAUGAAGAGGUUGAGUUGGAAGCGAUGAAAAAUCCCGAUGUUUCGUGCAGAAGAGACUUUUACAAUGUUCGAAAGGUUGACACUCAUAUUCAUGCAGCUGCGUGCAUGGGACAGAAACAUCUGCUUGGUUUUAUACAGGAAAAGGGGAGAACGGAAUCAGACAGAAUUGUGCUUGUUAAAGAUGGCGUUAAAAUGACAUUGAAACAAGUGUUUGACAGUCUACAGUUGGAUCCGCAUUAUUUGAACGUUGAUUCAUUAGAUGUUCAUGCGGACCGACAAACUUUUCAUCGCUUCGAUCGUUUCAACAACCUUUACAGCCCAAUGGGAGCUUCAGAACUUCGUGAGAUCUUCCUUAAAACAAGCAACGACAUUGGAGGAGAAUAUUUUGCCGAUAUAAUACGGCAAGUUGAGAAUUCGCUUGUUGAGCAAAAAUAUCAUUACCUUGAACUAAGACUUUCAAUUUACGGGAAGAAUUUUAAUGAAUGGCAGAGUCUAUCUCGUUGGUUCACGUCUCAUAAACUUCAAAGCACGCACAUCAGAUGGAUGAUUCAAGUACCUCGUUUAUAUGACCUAUAUAAAGCCAAGGGUGUUGUUGAUUCAUUUGAAGAGAUUUUAGACAACGUGUUCCGUCCAGUGUUUGAAGCCACUGUUCGACCUCACAAAAAUAAAGAACUCAGUUUAUUUCUGCGGCACAUCACUGGGUUCGACAGUGUAGACGACGAAUCAAAACAAGAGCCAGGAUUUAUGAAGAAAACUUCUCCCACCCCAGAUGAAUGGAAGCGAACCAGUAAUCCCUCGUACACGUAUUAUCUUUUCUACAUGUAUUCCAACAUAGCACGUCUCAACUAUUUACGACACACAAAGGGAAUGAACACGUUUACAUUACGCCCACACAGCGGGGAAGCCGGACACCACGAUCAUCUACUCACAGCUUUCAUGCUCGCAGAAAACAUAUCUCACGGCCUCGUCUUAAAAAAAGUACCUGUACUGCAGUAUCUCUACUACCUUGCACAAGUUGGCAUCUGCAUGUCCCCACUUAGCAACAACCAUCUAUUUCUCGAAUACAACAAGAGUCCUUUCCCCGAUUAUUUCGCUCGUGGUUUGAACGUUUGUUUAUCAACAGAUGAUCCGUUGCAGUUCCAUUUUACGAUGGAACCGCUGAUGGAGGAAUAUGCUGUGGCCGCACAGGUAUGGAAGUUAAGUGUUUGCGACAUGUGUGAAUUGGCGCGCAACAGUGUUCAAGUUAGCAGUUUUUCACACACAGAAAAACAACAUUGGCUUGGAUCCACUUACAGGGAAGAAGGAGAAGUCGGCAAUGACACUUGCAAAACAAACGUUCCAAACAUUAGAGCAGCGUUUCGUCACGAAACUCACGUGCAGGAACUCAACGUUCUUUGCCACGCCUACUCUCGCGAUGUAACUGAAGAUUUAGAGCCACCAAGUGAGGCAAUUUCAAAGGUCGCUGGCGAGUUUGACAAAGUUGAAAAUUCAUGAAUGUGGGAUUCUUGCUUGCAGACUUAAUCUGGUGAUAUUCACCACUACCACUUCCAAUGUAUUAUCAUGUGUGUUAUCCAAAUAAAACAAAAUCAGCUAGAUCUCUUAGAACUGUGGUUCUUAAACUUUUUAGUAUGCUUUACGCUUUUAACAAAGAUGCUUAUCAGAUUUACCCCCAAUAAGUAAUGUGGCACUUAUUUAUUAAAAAGCGAAAACGACUAAUUCAGUUAUACUUAAUGCGACGAAUGCGCUUGCUUUUUGGCAACAAGUUGUUCAAUGUCUGGUAAAGUACUACAAUUGGCACAAUUUUUCUGUCCCGUCAACUGAUGUGGAUUUUGAUUGGUAGCUCGUUUACCCUCUAAAUAUGAGGAAUUUACCCCCAGUUUAAGAAACGCUGGUCUAGAAGCAUGCAGCUUUGCCUGCCCUCUGCAUAUGUUAGCCACAAGACUACUAAGAAAUAAGUUCCGCUCACAAAAGAGACCACUGCCUUUGACUUAUUGUGUCCCUGUAACCACAACUAGGAAUAACAUAAUAAAUAAUCAAACAACACCUGAUCACCAGCUUAAUACUUUAACCAUCAAUUUUUGGUACUUUAAAACAGAAUUAUUUUUUUCAUACUUU